GCGCACGAUACACACGAUGAAAGGAUACGUCUCCAACCGAUUAAUUUCCAAUUUAUCUACAACAUCCGGAUAAUAAAGGACACUCUGGAAAGCCUAAAACCAACCCUUUGAGUUCGAAUCGCGUUGAAAAAGGAACUGAAUAAAAAGUGGUAUCGAGAAAAUCUACGAAAAGUUUUCGUCCGUUCAGUGUGUAUGUGAUUUUUAGUAUAGUUGUUGGUGUAAACGGAAUCAAGUCAAGGAAAAUCGGGAAAUUUUCAAACCCUGGAAAGAGAAGGAAUGUCGAAACCAACGUGAAAGCGGAAAGCCUUGGUCUUUAUUCGAUAUUUAAAGAGAAUUUUCACGGAAACAACGAAACCAAAACGAACCAAAUAAGGAAGAUACAUAUAUUUACUAUAUUUUGGUGCGUUUUGCCUCCUAUAGCUUUGGAAAACGUUCGAAAGAAUCUCUCAAGUCGCCCUAUUUCGAGACUAAGCGAACCUGACGGGGAUUGAGUUUUAGUCAAACUUCGUUCGUGCCUUUUCUCCGUUAACGCCAUCUUUUAAAGUUUACUGUUGGAAUUUACGACCACCACCCACACGCAUCUUGGGUCGGAAAAAUCGUAUACCAACAGAGAAAGUUUCCUGUACGAUAUCCUGCUCUUGUGCAAGACUUACUUCUCGAGAAAGCGGAUUGCGAACGAACGUUAUAACUGCCACAAUUAGAGAAAGUAUCACCCAUUAUAUGUGCGUCUAGGAACAAGGAGCAGAUUUAACUCUGAUAAGCAGAUCGCAGUGCUCGCAAUUACCCACAAAAUUGAUUGGAUUCAUCUGCAAAACUAAAUGCAGUGUCUUUGAAAAGAUUGUUCAGAUUAGAUGAGAAGGACCUAUGCACAGAUAAUUAAGACGGACGAUGAAAUCCAAGGAUAAUCUCGUACUUCACAUAAUUCUGCAAGAGCAUUAAAGGUGCACAGAAAAACUCAUCUAACGAAAGCGGAAGGACACCACAUCCCUGUCAGUAGCAGUGAAUCAAACCAUCUUGCCCGGCCUACUCUUUCCCAGAGCAAAAGCCACCCCAAGAAGGUGCACGACCCAACUUCAUAAGAAUUGUGCUCCCUUUUCGUCGGCCUACGCAAAAACAUAAGGUGGAGGGGAUGAAUCGUAUGACCGCAGAUAUACACCAUACGAUUCAGAAAACGCUUCCACAACUCGGCCCAAUGGAGGAAGAAUAGAAUACCACUAACAACAAACAUACCACCAAGAGAGAGAUAUUAUUUUGCGGCAGCAGAAACAACGGCGACAGUGAACAGUCGACAGUCAGUCGUCCCAAGCCUACCAUCUGUUCGAGCCCAUUGGUUCCUGGAAAAAGCCACCACGCAGAGGAUACCCUUGCACAGCACCCGUGGCUGCUUCCCUUUUUUCAAAAAUCAAGGCCGCCUUUCAAGAGUGUGGAGCUUGAAAGUUGCAAAAAAUAACGAAACGAAAAUAAAUCCAUUUGAAUGUUAUCAGGACAAUUGGCGCCGUCAUCAUCGGCGAGUUUUGCGUCAAGUCAACCGCAUCAACAUCAGCAUCAUCAGCAGCAGCAUCAGUGUUAUCCUGAAGGUGACCCUAACACUGGAGAAUUCAUCUACGAAACUGGAAAUCCACAAAUACCAGCCACAUCCUUCCGCAUACAAACAUCGAACUUAUAUCCAACUUUACCGACAUCGUUCCCAUUACACGAAUCCAAGGUGGAUCUGAACCGCAAUCAGCGUCAAACACGGGAUUUUAUCCAUCAUCGACCCCUCCAACAAGCGACCAAAUCUCCAGCGCCAUAUCAAAAGCAACGGCCUCCAAAACAUACAACAGGAGCAACCCCUAAAGCUGGACCGUUAUCAAUAUCCUCCGCUAUAUCAACGGCAAAUAUUGCAUCAUCGGUGACAUCAGUGAAUUCGGCAGCUGAAGCAAGUGGUCGUUCGGCUGCUCUAGAACGCGCCUAUGUUCAUGAUGUCUAUGAAAAUUGUGAAGAAUCAGUUGGGCCCGUACGACCACGUGUUGCACAAUUCCUAGCAGGAUUAGAUCCUGGUUCAAUUGUCUGUGAUGUUGGAUGUGGUAAUGGUCGCUAUUUGACCGCUUGUAACCCACUCAUUUGUACUAUAGGUGUUGAUCGGUGCUAUCGUCUGACCAAAAUAGCACGCGAAAAGCAUGGCGAGGUAGCGUUAUGUGAUAACUUAGAACUACCAUUUCGAGAUGAAUCCUUUGAUGCAGUCCUCUCUUUGGCGGUUGUCCAUCACUUCGCAACAACUGAACGACGGGUUGGAGCCAUUCGAGAGCUAGCACGAAUUCUUCGGAUUGGUGGUCGCGUUGUGAUCAGUGUAUGGGCUCUAGAACAAAAGCAUCGUCGUUUUGAAUCCCAAGAUGUUUUGAUUCCUUGGCAACCGCCAAAAAAUCGAAACUAUAAUUACUCAGAUGAUGACGAUGACGAUGAAUACCUGCCCCCAUACCACGCCUACACAGAGGACUCAACAAACUCAAGCCGAUCAGCCGGAGAUGGAGACAGUUCAAGCCUAUCUUCUUCAUCGCCAGGAGAAUCUUGUUACAGUUUUGUGAGGAGAGCGAUUCAGAAACUUGCCGGUGGCCGCAAGCAGCCAUGGUUUCUUGACUCAUGGAACUCUAAGGACACGAAGAAUAAUAGCAGCUUAGAAUACGAAGAUGCCAAAGAUCUGCCAAUUGAACUUAGACGUUUGGAGGAUUUUGAAGACUUUCCUGAACCACCACUUUCAGCUGGAUUGAAAUCAAGAAGUCUUGGUAGUAUUUUAAAUCCACCACCACGUCAAAUAGUCCGUUCACGUUCAAGUGUACCAAGUUUAGGUGCUCAAAUGCCUGAACCAAAGCCACCACCACCACCAACAGUGCAACAUUUUGUACCUUCAAACUCACAAGCCGUCUACCAUUCGAAUUCGCUCCAUCAGCAGCAAUGUCAGCAAGCCAACUCAACACACAAUUCAUCAACAUCUUUGGCAGCUAUGUUUCAGCAUCAGGACUCCACCCAGUCAGAGCGAUCCUCAUUAGCAGCGUCCGCUACAUCCACAACAUCACAUGCAGGACGUCGUCCAAAAUUGGUGAAGCAAAAACAAUCACUAUGUGAUGAAGACUCUCAACAACUGCCAGAUAAUCCACUUCAUACAAACAUUGGUAACAUUAGUUCUAGCGGUAAUCUUAAUCAUAGCAUGGAGAACCCCAAGGUCUCCAGUAGUAGUAAAUUUAGUAAAAUUGACUCAAAGAUUUUUCUACGUAAGCAAAGCUCCUUGAAUGAAGAACUCAUGGCUGAAAAUCGACUGCGAGAAAAGGAACGUGUCCGUAAACGUAUACAAAAGCAAAUGUCCCUGAAUGAAGCGUUCCUCUGCAGAUCGAUGUUUAGUAAGCGCCUGCAGGUUAUCCGGGAGGGAUUUACCACCAAACUGAAAACAUCAACUGGCAAUUUGGAGCGGGCAACGAAGAACGGAUUCGUGAAAAUUAUUCAGAAUAUCAAGAAUAGUCAAUUCUCAGCCCGAGAUGCCAGCUCCGGUCCUGGUGGUGACAAUUCUCAUCGUCAACAUUGUCAUAUGCAUCACCAUCAACACCGUUCCCAUCACCACCAAUGGUCAUCCCAAUCAUCCACUGGCAGUCAAAACGGACGACUCACGACCCCGUGUACAGGAUGCUGCAACUGUUCAAAUACGCCAUUGGCAAGUAAUUGUACUAACAACCCCAACUGUAAUAAUAAUAAUAACAUUAAUGGUGCCGAGGACCAAAAACCACGUCGGCAUUCGCGUGAGAGUGGUUCAGAUUCGUCGAAAGACAGUAGUUUGCAGAGCGACACAAGUGUUGAGUCUGAAGAUAGUUUCGCGUCGGUUAUUUUCAUUCCAAGGCCUGAAGUGAGUAAUAACCCAUCACAGCAGCAACAUCAGCAACAAUGUUCUCAAAACUCUAAUAGUAAUUGUAGUAUUGAUGCGAAUAGUAUUAAAAAUAACUCUAAUAAUUGUAAGUCUACUAGUAGUCCACAUAAAAUACCAUCAGUGCCAACAUCGCCAAUGAUCAUGCCAUGUCCACCUACUCCAGCUCAUUCACCAGCAGCCACAUCAUCAACAUCAGCACUCCCUUCAUCAACGACAAUAACGACGAAUCCAUUCGACUCAUCAACAGCAACAACAAGCACAACAACUAACUCAUUGCUUUCAUCAAUCAACAAUUUCUCAUCGACACACAGAGCCGCGUCUGGGCUGAAUGCAACAAUACAGGGAAGCGGCAGUAGAUCAGCAUCAUCAGCGCCAACAGCAAGUCGGUUCAUCUUUGAUGAAGACCACAUUCAGCAGCAUCAGAGGCAACAGUGCCAGCAAUCCCCACAAACAGCCAACUCAGAAUCAAAGGGGUCUAAACUGCAACAAUAUCCAACUCAGAAAUUGUCGAAAAUCACCAGACAAAUCAUCAAAGACCUACCACCAAUCCCGAAAUUCCGGAAAGCCCAGUCUCUGCAGCAGCCAAAUAAGGUUGCAUUUCCAAUAGUCCGGCGACUCUCUGCUGCACCAUUAGUGCCAAAAUUGAUGUCAUUAGAAAUUUUCAAUCCAGAAACUGAUGAUUUAGAUAGCGAUUCAAGUGAGCCAUCGUCGCCUGAUUCAAUAGAUAGUGUAAUUAGCGCAUUAAAGCCAAGCGGAGGAAGUAGCAGUGAACCCAUCACACAACCCCAACUGCACCAGCAAGAACUGGAGAAGAUAAGGCAAGAGCAAUUGCAGCAGAAUCAGCCCUGUGGGAUUUCAAACCCUCGAGUUUUCGAUCAACUUCCACUCGGCGAGAAACUGAUGCAACCUGAUGAAUCUUGCCGUCAGCAUUUGGUGGAUUUCGCAGAAAAGCUUAGUGCUCAGUUACUGAAGGAACUGGACGAUAGCUGUGAAAAUCGACCUUCUUCAUUCGACGAAGACGAUGCCUUUUGCGUUGAUAGGAACGAUGACAGUGAAUGCGCCACGUUGUUGUCCGAGAAAGUUAAGUCGUAUGAAAAGCUGAAAUCAAACAAUCCUUUCCUAAAAAAUCCCUUAGACACCGUGGACUCUAGCAUGAAACGGGAGGAGCUUCGCGAGCGGCGUCUCAUGCUAGCUAAUUUGACAAGAUCAUCAUCGCCCACAAGCCAUUCAUCGACAUCCUCAUCCGCAUCGUCCCUUUCCAUUAAAUCCCAAUCAAGUAAAGCAAAAAGUUCAUCAUCCUAUUCUGAAGUAUAUGAAGAUGCCGCGCAUAGUAGACGAUUCAAAUUCCUUCGAAACUUCACCAACGAUCGUCAACACCCCCACUACCCGAACAACAUGAACGACACCACUUAUCUUCUCUCAAGAGAGGAUGAUGAGGAGGACGAGAACAGCUAUCGAUCAAAUGACUUCGAAGGUGACGCUGAAAUUGAACAUGAUGUCAUCAUGGAAGAGGACGAGGAUCAAGAAGAUGACGAAGCUGCCCAAUACGCAAUCGCUGGCGACCUGAAAAUGGCAGAUGGAAGCAUAGACAACAAGGAGAGAGAAUAUGAUGAAACCGACACAUCACCCCAUUCACCCUGCGAAUUGCCGCUCGAUGAACGACCCAAUGGCUCUUGGGGUCAUUCUAAUAGCACAAACUCAUUGGAUAGCCCCUCCCAGAGUGGCGGGUCAACCACUCAUCAUCGCUACUAUCAUGUGUUCCGCGAAGGAGAAUUAGACGCAUUAAUCAACCAUCACGUCGCUAGCCUGCACAUUGUUUCAUCAUACUAUGAGCGAGCUUCUUGGUGUGUUGUUGCUGAGAAGGUUCAAGUGUGGACAAUUUGAGGGUAUGGAAAACCGUUUGUUAUGUGGUUAAUAUGGUGUUGAAACAGUGGCAAGUCAUGCAUGUAUGUUGAGACGCUAUUAGAAAUGGAAUAGACGACAAUCAUUUAUAAAUAUUAGCUAAGCAAUUUUGUGCUGCUUAAAAAGAUAUUCAGAAGACAAAACAGUCAAAACAAUUUGAAUACAAAUAUUAACACUUACUUGGACAGAUCUUUUAGGUAUAUCGGGCCUACCAAAUUGAGCGGGAAAACCUGUAGUCACCAAGUUGCUGGUGUUUGUCGGUGUCCAGCCAAAAGUUGUUGACCUUGAAAUAGGAUGGUUAGAACAUUCGACUAAUUACUAGUAAGGCAGCAGCAUUCGAAUACAAACGGCCUAAUUAGCUCUGGUUUGAACUGGAAGAUUUAUGUUAGAUAUAUGUAUGAAGACCUGGUUGCCCCAGCAAAGUAAUCACGCAUCAUAGCCUUUACGUGACGCAGAUUCUUCAUAAUCAAUCAAGGCUCUCUGCUGCCCAUGUUGGUGUCAUAUCCCAUAGCGCCAUCAACCGUUGCGU